CAAAACUUGCAUGCUCACGGAGUCUGGGCUCAAACUAACAUGGUCGCCGGCAGAGCUGCAACAUAACGACUUUGGCGAGCCAGAAGCUACAAACGUACAUGUCACAAAACUAAAUUAAAGUAAGAACAGGAAAGACGCUUCGACGUGUGUUGCCGCUCGAGUUUCUUGCUCAAGGAACUAACUGUGUGUUUGCUGUGAAUGCUCGACGACAGCUCCUGGAAUGCCAAUUACAAUAUAAGCUAGCGACAUAGAGAACAGCAGCGAUCCGCGUUCACUUGUGAACGCAUUCGAAGACUAGAGUUGGCCGUGGUGCCGCCUCAGCUAACAACAUGCGGCUGUUCGAGUUACCGAGAGCGUUCGUACUGGUCACCGUGACGACAACGUUCGUUGAUGCGGGUACGGGGAAGAAUGCCACAUCGCAGAUGCAAAGCCGUGCGGUGGAUAAUGAGAAUGUGUCAUUCAAAAAAAACUAUUGGACCAAAGGGAAAGUGACAUCGUGGUCGUUUCCGGUGUUGCCGACAAGUAUGAUGACUGUGAAACCUACGGCAGAGAAAGCUGCAGCCACCGUUAGAUCCGAGCGUACUAGCUCUCCCCAUGCGUUUUCUGUCGGAAGCAGCGGCGCUGCAUUCGAAAAAGAAUCCAACUCCGUACGCCUACCGGAAACAACUAAAUACUUUGUACCCAGCUCAAAUUAUUACCAGGAACUGACAUCGGCGAUAACAAAUAUAGCAAACUUUGAAAAUGCGCGCGUCCGCGAUUACACCAACGAGUACUAUACCCAGCCGGUGAAAUCGAUGGUGACGCCGCCAGAGAAUGGACCGCGUGUUGUCGAUAUUGUCAUGCAUCACACUUACCGGACACCGCGGCGAGCCAAGCAGCCAACUAAUGGGGCAUCAUCAGACCCCUACUACGCCCAGGAAUCGACUCGAAAUAGUUACUAUUACGCGCCCACGACGAAAAAGAAAGAUAAAUUCGACAAUCUAGGGGAGAAGAACCGCCGGCACGAUUAUGACUAUGAAUCGCAUGAAGUCGAUAGUCUUCACUCGGACCGACGGGAUGACCACUGGGACCAUGACUGGGAUUACGACCAUCACAAAUAUUAUGACCAUAAGUAUCACCACAAAAAAGAUUACGAUUAUCUUCUACCUUUGCUUUUACUAAUACUCGCACCUUUGGCGGUAUCCUCGUUCUUGAUGCCCGUAACAGCGACACUAAUGACGAACAGUAUGUACGUUGCUGGGGCUCAAGGAGCCAUUUACCAGGGUAGGAAAAAGCGUUCGACUGAUGCACAAGAAGAACACCGAAGUUUGCUUAUCGAGUUGGCCAAUCUGCUCGAAGAAGCUGUUGCAAAGUUUGAAACAAAAGAUACUGCUUUCAGACAUCAGGCUAAUAAGCAGAAGUUGAAGGCACGAUAAUUAUAAAACGUACCUAUAUAGACGUUGGCAAAACUUUAGCGUGAGAUUAACGGGUACAAAUCGUCUCUAUUAGUUAUCUGAAGGCUGCUUGGAUUCGCAAAAAGCAGUUUUCGAACAAAAAAUUCCCAGCAGUCCAACAACGAACCCAUUAAAGGUUUCAGGCCGUAAAUGCCAGUCCACCAAAAAGUUUCCAUUAACACGGCCUCUUCCAAAUUUACUCCGAUCUUCUUCUGAAAUUCAGCAGAUGUUUUGUUUCAAUUGAAAAAAGUCAAUAUGCGGAUCAAAUUUGUGCAGUGAGGAAGUUUCUGUGUCCGUUCCUUAACCAUGAUGUUCACAUAGCUUUCAGGCAAAGAACUCUGAAGGUGUUGAUUUGAUGGAUUACUUCCACGACUUUGCGCAUGCGUUUAACGUAAUUCACAGAAGCUGACGACAGUCUGACGCCUCGUUAACUUUCCUAGCUGUUACAGAUAUUACGAAAACGUUAAUAAUACCUGAGGCUCGAGACGAACAGUCAACAGCCAGAUGCCUUAAAUUCGAAAUUUUUCAUUUGGUUAGGUGUUAGCACACGCCUCUAGCUUCCGGUACAAGUGUUAUUCUUUUAACGACAAUAUUGCAUCAGCGAUGCCCCAAUACAUAACAACAUGAGAUAUAAAUUUUUAUUACCUAACGAAAUAAGACCAAACAAGGGAACCCCCGAAGCUAUAGAAUGAUUGGACGGGACUAGUAAAGGCUAACGGACAAGCUUAGCACGGCUAAAACCGGCCAGUCGGCUAGUUUUCAGGUACUCGCUAGCAGCGAUGCUUUUUCUAGCUAUUCGAUUGUUGGGUCACGUUUGUCAGCAUACAAUUAAGUAACUGCGCUUAAAGUAAGAAUGCAAGUAUAAUAAUUUAAAUGAAAAUAAUUUAGUCAUAAAUGUAUGUGUGCACAACGACACGAUACCGUCACCACUCACGCGGGCCAUACUGUUCUGUUUUCCUUGAUAAUGUCGUUUAGGUCUUGAUAUGAGCCCGUAAAACAAGCAAGGAGCGGGAAAAAUUUCAUCUAUAAAAGUCCUCGUUCCAAUCUAUGUUUCACUUAGGUUGAUCUAUUCAAUAUUUGAUUAGCAAGCCCUCACCUAGUAUUUGGAUAAUCAAGAGCGCAAUUCCAAAAACUUGAAAUUUUUAUCUGUACAGGUGCCCGCUUGCAUUUGUAUAAUAUUCCCUCGCUAUAUUUUAAAAUACCAGAUACAACCAUCAUGUCCUACUUUAGCUACACUAUUUCCUACUAGAUCGUUUAGAUGCUAAAAUAUAGGUAUUGUAGAACUCAGCUGGUUGCAAUCCUUUUUUCUUCUUUCGCUUAGAAAAAGUUGUGAGAAUUUGCCACGGGAGCGCAUUAAAUAAAACAGGUUCAUUCGAAAAGUGCUGCAUAAUCGUGAAACAAACGUCUUCUUUUGUAACUGUUGUAGUCUGGCCAAUCUACUUUUUGUCAACUCUUCAUCGCUGUUGGAAUUAUUCUUCGUCGGCACAGUGACGGCCUCUCGAGUACAACGUAGUACCGAGCAUCACGUUAAUUGCUUAUAGAUGUGCAGGUAACACCACCUUAUAUCAUUACGCCCAGCAGCUUGGUUGAUUUCGGUUAACUGUAUACUCAGGUUCCAGCCACCAGCAAAGCUCGCCAGUGUAAGAUACGUACGAAUGACCGCGACAAACAGUGCAGGACAGGAACAUUUCAGAAACGAAACUUCGCCGAAGUCCUGUUUUGACAACUGUGACUCUCGUCUGUGUUUAUCUAACGUUAUCCCGCAACUGCAGCUUGUAGAAAUUCAGACGUUAAACCAUGACGAACGAAAGCACAAGCAUUAGAGAGCACUGUGCAGAGAAAUUGCUGAAGUAAAAAAUCUUUAUGCUUAUUUAUAGCUUAUACUAUGGAACAUUUAUAGUAUUUUAUUUAAAAUAAGUGUAUUAAAAAUGAAGGUCGGUGGAAGCAAUAUAUAUAAUACAACGAAAGGAUAGUAAAUCGAUUGACGCUAAUGAAGACAAAUAACUAGAAUUAUUGUAUCGUCGCAAAACAACCCAGUGUGUCGAAAACAAUAAAACAUUAAUGAAUUAUUUGUUUAAUAAUUCAACCCUUUUUUUGAUUAGUUAUCCAAUAUAAAAACGCAUGGUCUUCUUUAGCAAUUGUACGUAGUACAAGAAAAGGGGGAUGAAGAAUGAAAGCACUCCGCCGCUAAAUCAGGGUAUCCAGUUCACAUAGUAACUGAAGCCGUUCGUGUUCACCAAAAUACUGGACUAUUGUGUAAUCCAGUUUCAUGUGCUAAGUUGAACUGUAAAUUACAUACAGAACAUGAACUACGCUUCAACCGACUCUUUGGAUCUUCGAUAUUUUUCUUCACCAGACGUUCGAAGAACGAAUAUCCAUCGGAAUGUUAAUUUCCACUGCUAACCUUAUUUUAAUGAUAUUAUUUAUUAAUUAAUAUUUAAUCAUUCUGAGAACCUAUUGAAAAUACUGCUAAAUUGUAUAUUAAAUUUACCUUUGUAUUAAUAAUACUUAUGAAUUAUUUUAUUUCUAAACAUGAACUAUGAACCAGACAUCAUCUUCAUUCCGAA